CUAGACAUGCAGACUGCUUCUACAAACAUUUGUGAAAGAAUGGGUCGCUCUCAGGAGCUCAGUGACUCCAAGCGUGGUACUGUGAUAGGUUGCCACCUGUGCAAUAAGUCUAUCCGCGACAGUUCCUGGCUACUAAAUAUUCCAUGCUCAACUGUUAGUGGGAUUAUAACAAAGAGGAAGCAACUGGGAACAACAGCAACUCAGCCACCAAGUGCACACAGUGCACAGAAGUCACCAACUGUCUGCAGAGUAAAUAGCUAAAGACCUCCAAACUUCGUAUGUCUGGAUUUGGCGGUUGCCAGGAAAACAGUACUUGCCUGACUGCAUUGUGCCAAGUGUAA